GGAGAUGGGUAUAGGCAGUUUGCAGCGGGGCCCGAGCCGUAAAAGAUGGGGAGAAGGUGGAAUCAGAGGCUGGUUCAGCACGAGGAAGCUAGCAGCAAAGACUCAGGAAUGGAAGAAAGACUUCACCCUGUCGCAGGGGAAAGAUGCCCCCGCGGGGCAGAGCGAGGAGCACUCGGAGCGCGGGCACUGGUCCAGCAAGACGGACUAUCUGCUGUCCAUGUUGGGCUACGCGGUGGGGCUGGGCAGCAUCUGGCGGUUCCCCUACCUCACGUACAAGAACGGAGGCGGUGCCUUUCUAAUACCCUACGCAGCUAUGCUGGCAUUAGCUGGUUUACCUUUAUUUUUUUUGGAAUGUUCCCUGGGGCAGUUUGCCAGUUUGGGGCCAGUUUCUGUGUGGAGAAUAUUACCAAUUUUACAAGGAGUGGGAAUCACGAUGGUCAUCAUCACCACCUUGGUGACGGUCUAUUACAAUGUUAUCAUUGCCUAUGCUCUCUACUAUCUGUUUGCCUCCUUCCAAAGUGUACUGCCAUGGUCGGACUGCUUUGCGUGGGCAGAUGAAAAUUGCAGCACAACACCUGUAGUGAGUGAUUGCAAUACGACCUUACCAAACGGGAUAGUCAUUCACACAAACUACUCGUACGUCACCAGCAACAAUCUAACCUGUCUCAAUGGCAGCUUAACGUAUAAACAAGUGCAACUUCCCAGUGAGCAGUACUGGAAUAAAGUGGCCCUUCGGCGCUCCAGCGGGCUGGACGAGACGGGUGAAAUUGUCUGGUACUUGGCCCUCUGCCUGCUCCUAUCCUGGCUGAUAGUCGGAGCUGCAUUAUUUAAAGGGAUAAAAUCUUCAGGAAAGGUUGUUUAUUUCACAGCUCUCUUUCCAUAUGUUGUCCUCGUUAUCCUGCUUGUGCGAGGUGCCACCCUGGAAGGGGCUCGGAAUGGCAUUGAGUAUUACAUUGGAACACAGUCCAAUUUCACAAAGCUGAUGGAGGCAGAGGUUUGGAAAGAUGCAGCUGCUCAGAUAUUCUUCUCCCUGUCGGUGGCCCUCGGGGGCCUGGUCGCUCUCUCCUCUUACAAUAAGUUCCAUAACAACUGCUAUUCCGAUGCCAUUGUCGUUUGUUUAGUAAACUGCCUCACCAGCGCGUUUGCGGGAUUUGCGAUCUUCUCCGUUUUGGGACAUAUGGCUUUCCUGGCAGACAGGCCCGUCUCUGAAGUUGUAGACUCAGGGUUUGAUUUGGCAUUUGUUGCCUAUCCAUCAGCUCUCUCCAAACUACCAGUCGCCCCUCUUUGGUCCUUUUUAUUUUUUUUCAUGCUUUUACUGUUGGGACUUGCCCCUCAGUUUGCUUCCAUAGAAACAGUGGCAACCAACGUACAAGAUAUAUACCCCAAGAUGAUGAAAAAGAUGAGGGUUCCUGUAACCCUGGGAUUAUGCAUGCUGCUGUUUUUUCUUGGUCUCAUCUGUGUCACUCAGGCAGGAAUUUACUGGGUUAAACUAGUGGAUCAUUUCUGUGCUGGAUGGGGGAUCCUUUUUGCAGCGGUCCUGGAAAUAAUAGGCAUUAGCUGGAUUUAUGGAGGAAACCGAUUUAUCCAAGACAUUGAAAUGAUGAUUGGCAAGAAGAGCUGGUGGUUCUGGCUGUGGUGGAGAGCAUGCUGGUUCUUCGUUACGCCUGUUCUCUUGUGUGUGAUUUUAUGCUGGUCUUUGGUCACAUUUUCGCCUCCCAAGUACGGCUCAGUCGAAUACCCUGCGUGGGGAUCGGCCGUGGGCUGGUGCAUGAUUGUCUUCUGCAUCAUCUGGAUUCCCAUUGUUGCGAUUGUAAAAAUAGUAAAAGCGCAAGGAAACCUGUGGCAGCGUAUUGUGAGCUGCUGCCGGCCGGCUGCUAACUGGGGUCCCUCUCUGGAAUGUCAUCGAGGAGAAAGGUACAGCCACAUGGUAGAUCCCCACAAGGAAACAGACCAGGAGAUCCCCACCGUGGAUGGCUUCGUGCACAAGCUGGAAUGAGACGCCUGCCCCGGGCUGCAUUAUUUUUAACACAGAUGUAUUUUCUUUUUGUUUAAUGUUGGAAAAUAGUGAUCCACACUAUUGAGAGCUGCACUAUUUAUUGUUAGCUCUGCCUUACAGGGGGAGCAGGUCAUG